AUGUUUUUCGUUGAUCCAAGUGACCCAGCAGAUAGCAAAACCAGUCAAAGUGCGACUGAAAUUUUAAAAAAUCAGGAUGGAGAAAUUAGAAUUCCCUGCUCCGAUGAAGAUAAUCAAACCACCUCAAUACCUAACAACCCCGAAGAGGUAACGCUUUUGCAGACGACAGUCUCGGAUAGCACGAUAACAGAAAACAAGGGUUCCACAUGGAGCGAGUUGAUUUCACUCUGUACGAUUCUUCCAUCACUUUAG